ACGCGCUGAAACGCUGAAGAAUGAACCAUAAAAGUAAGAAACGGAUCAAAGAGGCGAAGCGGAGCGCCAGACCCGAACUGAAGGACUCGAGCGACUGGACCAAACACAAUUACUGCGAGAGCUUUGAUCUGUCGCACCGGACGGUGAAGGACAAUGUGGAGCGAGUGGACGCUGGGCGUCUCAGUCCAGAGGAGUUCAUUCAGCGGUUUGAGAAACCCUAUAAACCCGUCGUUCUGCUCAACUGCCAGGACUCGUGGCCCGCCCGGGAGAAGUGGACCUUGGAGCGACUCAAGCGCAAAUACCGCAACCAGAAGUUCAAGUGCGGCGAGGACAACGAUGGCUUCUCGGUCAAGAUGAAGAUGAAGUACUACAUGGAGUAUUUGGAGUCGACGCGUGACGACAGCCCCCUCUACAUCUUCGAUAGCAGUUACGGUGAACAUGCGAAGCGCCGCAAGCUUUUGGAGGACUACCAGGUGCCCGUUUUCUUUAGGGACGACCUCUUUCAGUUUGCAGGGGAGAAGCGCCGUCCUCCGUACAGGUGGUUUGUGAUGGGUCCGGCCCGCUCUGGAACAGGGAUCCACAUUGACCCCCUCGGCACGAGUGCGUGGAACGCUCUGGUCCAGGGCCACAAGCGCUGGUGCCUGUUCCCCACCCACACGCCCCGCGAGCUCAUCAAGGUGACGCGAGAGGACGGGGGAAACCAGCAGGACGAGGCCAUCACCUGGUUCAGCGUCAUCUAUCCCCGCACACAGCAGCCCACCUGGCCGGCCGAGUUCAGACCGCUGGAGAUCCUUCAGCACCCCGGGGAGACCGUGUUUGUGCCCGGUGGAUGGUGGCAUGUUGUCCUCAAUCUGGACACUGCUAUUGCUGUGACCCAGAAUUUUGCGAGCACCACUAACUUCCCCAUCGUGUGGCACAAAACCGUGCGAGGUCGCCCCAAACUCUCCAGGAAGUGGUACCGGAUCCUGAAACAAGAGAGGCCUGAUAUGGCUGCUCUGGCAGAUAAAGUGGACCUGCAGGAAUCAACAGGCAUUGCCUCGGACAGCUCCAGUGACUCGUCAUCCUCUUCCUCCUCCAGCUCCUCCGACUCUGGUUCAGAGGCUGACUCGGGCUCUGAGGGCGACGCCAUGACCCAUCGCAGAAAGAAGAGGAGAACCUGUGGCAUGAUGGGGAACGGUGACAUCACAAGCCAGGACGACUGCGUGAGCAAAGAGCGCAGUUCGUCUCGGUGACGUCCCGCUCGACAACAGAGGGGCUGCAGCCAUAAUCGUCUCCUAGACCAUGAAACGUGGCGUUCUCUCUGUCUGUAGCCCUCAGGAGACUCCUGUCCAGUAGAUAAGAGGUUCCUGCUGCGUCACGUCUGGGCAUAUGAUAACUAACUCAGCCCUAGUGUGCUUUUAGAGAUAAACACCAACAAAAUAUCCAAAUAUGUGCUUGCUGGAGGAGCGUUGCAUGAAUGAGUCAACCGCUGUGUGUGGGAAGAGAAGGGACAGCCUUCUUGCUUUGCCUUUGCUGAUGUCCGGCUCUGGACAGGAAGCUUGACGUCUCCUCCUGUCCCAGUGCCAACAUCUUUAAUCUGCGUUUGAUUCAGAACAGAUGCCGUUUUUGUAUUUCACAGGGGUUAUGUGCAGAUUUGUGAGCGAUGUGUUAUGACCCACCGUACACCUGAUGUGUACUGCUGCCUUUAGCUCUUUGAUUCUAGAAAAUAGAUUAUUUUAUUACUGAUUCUACUUUAUUCUUGAGCUGCACUUAAACAUGGGUUUCUUGUCUUUUGGUUAAACUAGCCCAGUGUACUUAAAACUGUUAAACCGCAGUGAUUUGUGGUCCCUUUUCUCAAUCUUCUAGAUAAGAAUUUUGAUUUAAAAAGUCUCAAACUUUUAAUUAGAAGCCCUUUCUGAAGCGCCACAUGACGUGAGAUAUAUAAAUGAGUUCAUUUGUGAAAACAGAACUCCCGUUUUUAACAGUUUUCAGAAAAUCAUGUUUUUCCAUUGUGCAUUCCAGUUAAUCUCAAUCAAAUUGCAGUUGGGUUAUUUUGAUAAAAUAAAAAAUACAGCUAACUAACGCAAUAAAAAUUAUAACGUAAUAAAAACAUGAUUUUUGUCAAUUAAAAAUGGAGUUAUCUGUUUUUGCAAAUAAACUCUUCAUAUAAUAUUGAUCGUUUGCGCGAAUUAAGAAUCUGCUCCAACAACCUAUUAUUUCUCUUUUUCGCCUUGUCUAAUUCGUUCCCUCAUUUUAGUAAAUUGUGGCUGAUGACGUAUUAAUUUGUUCCCUCGUUUCAAAUUGAACAAAAAAUUUACUUAAAAUUAGGGAAUAAAUUCAAAAUUUGUGUAAACGGUAAAUAUUUUAUCGGUAUGUCAUGUGCGAAGCUAUCUAUUACCUAAAUAACAUUAUAGUGGAGCCAAAAGUGUGAACGCACCUUUACUUCAGUUGGAACUACUGUGAAUGCGCAAAAUGUGUGGACCGUUUGAACUCAACGUUUUCUCUCUUCUUUCGUCUGUUAGCAGUGAAUUCAAUGGUUAAUUUAGCUCAACUAACUGAAAUACGAGGUGUUUUCUUUUAUAACCCCUCUGCGUAAGUGAAACACUAGGAGGCGCUUAUUUAUUAUACGGUGCGCUAUGAGCCACGCAAAAGAGGGGGAAAUCUUGCAGUCAUAAUUCAUGAAAAUCCACAUUUUGUGAAACCGUGAUUGGCCUUUAAUGUCUUAAAAUGUUUUUGUAUGUUCUUUUUUUAAUGGAAGGAAAUAGCGUAACUCCAAAAAGGGUGACCUGUCAUGACCCAAAAGUUUCAGGGCUGCAGUACUCUGUGAUGGUGUGAGGCGAUUCAUGAUUGAAGUGAGUGUUGUUCAGGGUUUGUGUCAGUGCUUUCUUUAUGUGUACGAGUCAAGGAGAAAGAUGUGGUUACAAAGUGCCUAUUUUUACCUGAUGUUGGUCAUUCGGGUCGCUCAUAUUUCACAUUCUGGUAUCAUUUCUCAGAGUUGUGGUGUUUUAAUGAAUGGCCUGUGCUCUCAGAUGAAGCCUUCCCACACUUGUCGCUCCAGAUCUUCAGUGUUUUUCUCUUGAGUAUGUUCUUACUUCAGCUUCUCAUGUUCCAUGUUCAGCACUGGCUCGCUCAUGUGACACUUUGAUGUUGCUCAGAUCAAAAACUGAAUAAUAAUUGUUUAAUAAAGGUUUCUAUGUAUUUA